UGCCUGAUGGGAAUCGUAGUUCUGGGGACAAGCCUAGCUCGCUCAGAGGGCAGUGGGAACUACAUUUCCCGGUGGUAGAGCGGCUCCGGCAGGCCGCGCGGUACGGGAGCGUCGCACCGUCCGCAGCCGGGUCCAGAGACGGAGAGCGUUUGAGGGGCGGGCCGGUAGGGUGGUGUGUUUUCCUUGUGUCUACUCCGCGCUCAGGCAGCGCCGGCUCUGCCUUCCCUCGCUCGGCUGCCGUGCGCCCCCUGCCCGGCUCCCCGUGUCACCUUUUUCUGGUCCCUGUAGGGAGUCGGGGCCUCGAGGUUUCGAAGUAACGGCCGCUGCUUCGCCCGGGAGCGAGGGGCGCGCCCCUCUUCGGCCCAGGCAACCCGGCGCCCGGCCCGCGUCUCCAUGGGCCCAACCCGGAAGCCCAACGUGUGCCGCCGGCUGAGUCGCCGAGCGCUGGGCUUCUUCUCGCGUGACGCAGGCGUGGUGCAGAGGACGAACCUGGGCAUCCUGCGGGUGCUGGUGUGCCAGGAAAGUACUAAAUUUAAGAAUGUUUGGACAACUCAUUCCAAGUCACCCAUAGCCUAUGAGAGAGGAAGAAUAUAUUUUGACAAUUAUCGGUGCUGUGUCAGCAGUGUUGCAUCAGAGCCAAGAAAACUUUAUGAAAUGCCAAAAUGUUCCAAAUCGGAAAAAAUAGAGGAUGCUUUAUUAUGGGAAUGCCAAGUGGGAGAAACGCUGCACAAUCCAUCAGAUUAUAAAUCCUCGCUCAUAGCAGUGACUGCUCAUAAUUGGCUACUUCGUAUAUCAGCAACCACGGGAAAAGUCCUUGAGAAAGUAUACCUUGCUUCGUAUUGCAAAUUCAGAUACUUGAGCUGGGACACUCCUCAAGAAGUCAUUGCAGUCAAGUCAGCUCAGAACAAAGGCUCAGCAUCGGCCCGGCAGGCAGGCAUUCAACAGCCUGUUUUGCUGUACCUUGCAGUGUUCCAUGUUCUACCUUUUUCACUCGUAGGGAUUCUGGAGAUCAACAAAAAGAUUUUCGGGAAUGUUACAGAUGCUACCUUGUCUCAUGGAAUACUGAUUGUGAUGUACAGCUCGGGAUUGGUCAGACUCUACAGCUUCCAAGCCAUCACUGAGCAGUUCAUGCAACAGAAACUUGACUUAGGGUGUGCAUGCAGAUGGGGUGGGACUACUGGAACUGUAGGAGAGGCUCCUUUUGGCAUUCCUUGUAAUAUUAAAAUCACAGAUGCGCCACCACUGCUCUUUGAGGUGUCCUCCCUGGAGAAUGCUUUUCAGAUUGGAGGCCAUCCUUGGCACUACAUCAUCACACCUAAUAAGAAGAAACAGAAAGGAGUUUUCCAUAUUUGUGCCCUGAAAGAUAAUUCCUUGAAUGAAAACUUACCCACUGUUACAGCUUCUGGACGGGUGGUAAAAAAAAGUUUUAACCUUCUGGAUGACGACCCAGAACAAGAGACUUUCAAAAUUGUGGACUAUGAAGAUGAGUUGGAUUUGCUUUCUGUGGUAGCUGUUACUCAAAUAGAUGCUGAAGGAAAAGCUCACCUGGAUUUCCACUGUAAUGAAUAUGGAACUUUACUUAAAAGCAUUCCACUAGUGGAGUCAUGGGAUGUGACAUAUAGCCAUGAAGUCUACUUUGACAGAGACUUGGUACUACACAUAGAACAGAAACCCAGCAGGAUCUUCAGCUGCUAUGUUUACCAGAUGGUAUGUGACCCUGGGGAAGAAGAAGAAACCACAAACAGAAGUUAUGAAAAAGAGUGAGAUAAUUUAAAAUUUUUGGGAUGUAACUUAUGAGACUUUUAGCCAAAUACCCCAGCCGCUGUGUCCAGUCCUCCUUUUUAUUAUCUGCAUAGCAAGUUCUCUAGAAUUUUCCAGAAUAGGUCUUGUGUUGACUUCAGAUGACUGUGACUACAUUUUUAAACUCUUGCCAUACAGGGUGGUGUAAAGGUUUUUUAGAAGGAUGUCCCAGGAAGUCUAGCAUUUUGGAGCUUUUAGCUAGGUGGUGAUGCAAAUAUAAAAUGUUGGGGAGCAGAGAAAGAUUAAUUCCAAUUGUUGGGGAUUUGGGGAGAGGGUCAUUGAUGAGGAGGUGUUUAACAUGAUUCUUAUAGAAGGGUAUGGAAUUUUAAUUGGUAAGACUAGGAGGGAGAGAGAAAAAUAAAGAUACAAAAGGUACAGAAAGAAAUCCUGUAUCUUCUAUAACAAACUUUGCUUAAGGAUGAGAAGUGAGAUCUGUAAUAUGAGAGCAUACUUUUGAGCCAAAAAUGUGUCAUCACAGUUUUCUAAAAAAAUCUUAUAUAUGUAUGUAUGUUUUGUAUUUGUCUCUAGUAUCAGGAA